GUUUGAAAAGCUCCUCAGAAACUACCAUAUAAAGGCAAGAAUUAAAGAACAAACUUGCAAAACAUAUUAAAACAUGUAUUAUAUUAUUUGUCACCAUAAAAAGAAAUAUAUAUUCAAGAAGGGAUACAGCAAGAGAGACUGGACUGGGGCAGAAAGGACAGAGAGAGCAAGAUAAAUCUGCCAGAGGACAAAAGGGAGGAGUCAGAGACUUGGUGUGUGAUGUCAGCAGCUUGUUGGAUUGAGGUGCUGCGCCCUGCUGAGUUUAAUCCAGGCUGAUUAGGAAGCAGCAAGCAGUCACCUGUGUGAAUGCAGAGAAGUAGCUAAAGAUAACCUUGUGUAGCCUGGGACUGCUGCUCUAACGACAAAGAAUUUAACACAAGGAAACUCACAAGGACAACAGCAUUGAUCUGUAGUUGAGUCACAGUUGACAAGGGAAGCAACGGGCAAGAAACUCAAAAUUCAGAGCAGCGAAGAAGCUUUAAAUGACCUUGUAAUAGCAUCCAAGAAUGUCCACAAACGGAAUAAGCAUGGCUCUAAAGCUCCAGUUUGGACUUAUUAAUUCUGAAAAUCGUUACCUCACAGCAGAGGCAUUUGGGUUCAAGGUAAAUGCAUCUGGAACAAGCAUGAAGAAGAAACAGAUCUGGACCCUGGAGCAAGACCAGGACAGCCAGGUGGUUUUCUUGCGCAGUCACCUUGGACGCUAUCUGGCCUCGGAUAAAGAUGGCAAGGUAAGCUGUGAGGAGGAAGUGCCAAAUACAGACUGCCGUUUCAUGAUUGUGAUGCAGUCAGAUGGACGCUGGGCCUUGCAGUCUGUGCCGUACUUGCGUUAUUUUGGAGGCUCUGCAGAAUAUCUGUCCUGUUUUGCCCAGACCAUUGGAGAGUCUGAGCUGUGGGCCAUGCAUCUCGCCCUUCACCCACAGGCCAACCUGCUAAGUGUAGGCCGCAAGCGCUACGCUCACCUGUCCAUCGCAGACAACGAGCUCUCCAUGGACAGCAACAUCCCCUGGGGUGUGGACUCCCUGAUCACCUUGGUCUACAUGGAUGGGAAGUACAGUCUGAAGACCUGUGACAACCGCUUUCUCAGCAACGAUGGCAAGCUGGUAAUGGAGAACGGGCCAAACACCAGUUUCACCCUGGAGCUCAAGUCUGGCAAGCUGGCCUUUAAGGACUGUGGGGGCAAGUACCUCUCACCAACAGGCCCCACGGGCGCCCUGAAGUCUGGCCGCUGCUCAAGAGCAGGAAAAGACGAGCUGUUUGAACUGGAGGAGAGCCAUCCACAAGUUGUUUUCCAGGCAGCCAACAAAAGAUAUGUGUCUAUUCGUCAAGGUGUUAGCAUCUCAGCUAAUCAGGAUGAUGAGACAGACAUGGAGACAUUUCAAAUGGAGAUUGACAAGGAGACUAAGAAGUGCAUGUUCAGAACCAGUGGCGGAAAUUAUUGGACACUCGUUACUCACGGAGGGAUUUUGUCUUCAGCCACAGAAGUAGAAGAAAACACCAUGUUUGACAUUGAGUGGUUGGGCCGACGAGUCGCUUUGAGGGCAAACAAUGGAAAAUAUGUCUGCACUAAGAAAAAUGGACAGCUUGCUGCUGUGAGCGAUUCUUUGGGGGAGGACGAGCAGUUUGUGCUAAAGCUGAUUAAUCGUCCUAUCCUGGUCUUGCGCGGGGAGAACGGCUUUGUGUGUCACCACAAAAAUUCCAACACACUGGACGCCAGUCGCUCUGUUUAUGACAUCUUCUCAUUGCUUUUCAGUGAUGGAGCAUACCAUAUAAAGAGUGGAAAUGAAAAGUUUUGGUAUGUCUCCGGCAGUGGUCUGGUGUGCACAGAUGGGGACAAACCUGAGGAUUUCUUCUUUGAGUUUGUGGAGUAUGGACGGGUUGGCAUCAAGGGUCAGAAUGGCAAGUACCUGCGUGGAGACCAGGGAGGGACGCUGAUGUGUGACGGGUGCAGGGUGGACGCCUCUUCCCUGUGGGAGCACUGAGUGCUGUAACCAACCAGAGACACAAAUACAGACUCACUGAGAAACAAUACAUUCUCGGUUCUCGUACUGACACCUGUUAAACUAAUGACUUUACAGGAGAACGUUGUUCAUUCAUUUUCUUUCUUCAGUCUUUUUUGUGAGUGAGUGAAAUAUCUGUGGUUUUAUCUGUUUCUAAUUACUGUAAAUGUUAGUGUCACCCUUUGAUUCAUCAGAAAAAAAAACAAUAUUACACUUUACUUCUUGUCACUUUUUAAAAUCAGUUGCAACUGAGGUUGGUUAUUGAGGCUGUUAAACUCUUCAAUUUAAAGGUGCUCUAUUUGAGGCAGGGAUUUUAGCACCUUAUAAAUUAAAUGAUAUACUUUUAACAAAUGUGUUUGUCAGAGGCCUACAGGAGAAAGUGUCCCUGGAAUUUUAUUUCUAAAUUGACAAUAUGUGACAUAAACAGUCGAAAUUAUGACAAAGUUUGUGGCAAAAUAAAAACUCAGUAAGAGUUUGUGACUCUUACUGCAUAAGAGUCAAACA